AUGGGGGAUGUAAAAACAUGCUCCAUUCGCAUUUGCCAAGACGGGCAUGCAAAUGCGCUUGCAUUAAAUCGCGAAUGCACCCAGAUUGCGGUAGCCGGCCGAAGCUUGCUGAAGGUGUUCUCCAUUGAAAACGAUGGCUUCACAGAGGUAUGUAAUAUGCGUGGUGGAAAAAACCAAAACUUAAGCUACUCCUCGAAUGAUGUGGCCUGGAGCUCCCUUGAUUCAAACAUCCUAGCUACGGCUGCAACCAAUGGCGUCGUGUCGGUGUGGGACUUGUCGAAGUUUGGUCGUCAGAAGCAACUGCUGGUGUACAACGAGCACGAACGAACCGCCCAUUCGGUUGCGUUUCACGGAACGGAAGCAAAUCUGUUGAUUUCAGGUUCGCAGGAUGGUACAAUCAAAUGUUUCGAUCUCCGUACAGACAAAUCUGCCAUAAAUACGUACUUUAGCAACUCGGAGAGUGUGCGAGAUGUAAAGUUUAGUCCACACGCUCCGAAUACAUUUGCGGCGGUGUCCGAGAAUGGAACUGUGCAGCUGUGGGAUAUACGGAGAAAUGAUCGAUGCACGGCCCAGUUCACCGCACACAGUGGGCCAAUUUACACGUGCGAUUGGCAUCCAAACCAGCCAUGGUUAGCUACGGGUAGUCGGGAUAAGCAGAUCAAGGUGUGGAACACUAACCCAAAGAACUCGUCGCUUGAAACGGCGAAGAACGUAUCACUUGAAUACACGAUACACACGAUCGCAGUUGUCGGUAGGAUUCGAUGGCGACCGGAUAAGAUGUUCCACAUUGCAAGCUGUGCGCUAGUGGUCGAUAAUAGUAUCUACAUAUGGGAUCUUCGCCGACCGUACAUUCCCUACGCGUCGUUCAACGAGCAUUCAAACGUUACGACGGGAAUUGCAUUCAAGGGCAACGAUCGGCACGUGCUGCUUUCCACCAGUAAGGACUCAACGAUAUUUAAGCACGUGUUCAAAGAUGCCGCACGACCUGCCAUGAGAGCGAAUCCGCAGGGAGCCAACUUUAACUACAAGGGAGAUUUGUUGUACGCUUAUGAAAUGAAGCUGAUCCCUCCGCCAGCGCCAUCGAGCUUGCUCAGUCAGGGCACCGCUCUGUUGGGUUCGCGCCAAAAAUCGUCUUCCUCGGCCGACCAGUUUCAUCUGGCAAAGUCGAACCUUUCCAACUUUUCCACUAAAACAAUCAACGUAAACGCUAAGGACGUUACUAAAACGUCGCUUCUGAAAGAUUAUUUAGCGCUGAAAGGAUGUGCCAAGGAGUAUAUGCUUUCGGGAGCUUCUCUUGCAGAGAUUUGCAGCCAUAAUGCAGCUGUGGCGAAAAAAUAUGGCAAAACAAACGUUAGCUUUUUGUGGAACUUUAUCUCCCAACUGUACGCAUAUAGUUCCACCACUAACAUGAAGCUCGAGCAACGCAACUCCGGUACAAUUCAACAUGUUGGUGGACGUUUGAUGGCUCAAAACUCCAACCAAUCUAGCUCGGGCAGAAGCGCCGAAGACCGAGUGAUGGGUACCGGCAUUCAUCCUAACGUUGGCACAACGAAUAUCGUCAGUAAUAGCAGUACCGACGAUUAUCUGGAGUAUGCGAACAGUAAAACUGUCAUCGAAGCGCAUGGUAUGGGACAGCUGCUUUCAGUAGAUAUAGAACCGGAUAAGUGUGAUUUCGUUUUCGGCGAGACAGAGCUUACGUUCGAUUCGGUCGACUGUAUAAAAGGUUUCCGGGAUGGAUUUCUUUACACGGGCCCGCAUGACUUGGUGAAGGACUACACAUUUCCCUCAUCAAAUCUAAUGAAUGCCCACGAACUGCACCAAGCGCAGCCCCGAAAGCAUCUAAUGGCAGAAAAAUCGCAGGAAACAUCACCGCCGCCCAAUCCGGUGCCGUCUUUUCUAAAAAUUUCCGAUCACAAUCCGACCCCAGCCAUCUGGGAACCUCAUCAGGUACUGGCAGACUGUUUAACGCUGCAAACAGAGAUUGGCGAUGUACAGACAUCGUCCUGCAUUCUAGUGGCCCUCGGGGAGAGAAGGCACAGUUUGCAGAUAGAUGAAAGUUUUCAAGAGAACUGGCUGCUGUCGUACAUCGAGCUACUGCACCGACAUCAACUUUGGAACGAAGCGACCCAGAUGAUCAACAUUAGCUGGAUUCGGUCGGUGUUGGAGAUGAAUCAGCAAUCGACGACAAUGUAUACGAGCUGUGGCCAAUGUUCCAAACAGCUGGUAAGCUCGGUGGGUUGGUACUGUUCACGCUGCAAGUCGGCUCAAACCUCAAAGUGUAGCGUUUGUAAUGGAGUUGUUCGUGGUCUGUACGCAUGGUGUCAGGGAUGUUCGCACGGAGGCCAUCUGGAGCAUAUGAAGCAAUGGUUUGCCAACAACUCCAAGUGUCCCAGGUGUGGUCAUUUGUGUGAAUACGAAUGA